CUCGAACUUAGUUCAACAGCACGUUUUGCAGGCGCUUCAACGCUUCGGUCUGCAGCUGGAUCGAAGCCUGAGAAAAGUUGGGCAGAAUGUCGCUUGUCAGCUCAGGGCUCCUGAGAUCUUCCUCCAAAGUUCUGACAUCCAGUGGCGGUCCUCUUUGUCAAACAGCUCGCUGCAAACAUUUGCACAAGAAUGUUGGUGGUAGAUCAUGGGGGCAUCUCCUUGGUCUCCAAAUGGAGAGAUCCGAGCCACUAACAGGCAAUGCCAAGGAAGAUCUGUAUGGUGGUGCAUGCAUAAGUGGCCAAGCAAGGUUCAGGAAACAGCAGAGCAGAACAAGGAGCUCAAUGCUAGCAAACACUUUGGCGCCUGCCACCACGGGUUGUAUGCUGCCGCGUUGGGAAAAUACUCGAGGUGAUAAACUGACCACCAGAGCUGGAGGGACGGCAGUCACCAUAGUCCCCAUUGCUGAUAGCAUCCCGGCUCUUGAUUCAGAGGAGCUGUUUUACUCUGACAGGGGGUUCGACCGCGCCGCCGAAAGGCGCACGGACACCGAAUGGCUGAGCAAUGCGCUUUCAGAUCCAGCCACGAAAGUGCUGCCAGUUUGGGACAGGAAGAGCCUGGUCAAAGACGGGAGGGCAGUCAUUUUGCCAUACACCCAAGUACUCAGCGAAUUCAGUCAAGAAGGCUGGACCCCAGAACCGAUAUUCCUUGGCCUUCUGAAGGAGGGCGACCAUCAGGAAGCAGUAUUCGCACUGGACGUCACUGAUAGUAGGAAGGAAAGUUCAGCGGAAGAGUCUCCCCCCGUCUUUUCUGGAGCAGAAGGGGCGGAGUUCGUCGACCUGCGGAGGGAGGGCCCAAACCUGUCAGCCAGCGAAGCUGCCCUACUGGCCUACGGACGGGGCUUGGUAGACUGGCAGACCCGGACGCGAUUCUGCGGCAAGGACGGCGCUCCCAUGCUGGUCACCGAAGCGGGCCACGCCAUGAAAUGCAGCUCGUGCGGUUCUUCGGUGUACCCCCGAUUGGACCCCGCCGUCAUAAUGCUAGUGACGUGCGGUGAUUACGUCCUCCUCGGCCGCCAGAAGCGGUGGGCCAAAGGCCGCUACUCGUGCCUCGCCGGGUUUGCCGAACUGGGCGAGACGAUGGAAAUGGCGGUGGGACGGGAAGUGCUCGAGGAAGCGGGGAUUAGGGUCCUGCCGAGCAGCGUCAGGUACGCAGCCAGCCAGCCGUGGCCCUUCCCCAGCUCCCUCAUGAUCGGCUUCACCGCCGAAGCCGCCGCAAAGCCCUUCCCCCCCGAACUCGAAACGCUCGCAAGCUCCUCAGCGUCCGAAUCGGACGGUCGAGCUGGCGACUCGUCCGCAAGCACGUCCGGUUCGACGGAAGUCGACCGGGGGGACGGGCGGAUGGUAAGGGCGACGGUGGCCCGGGGACUUGUACCGGGCGACUUGGAGUCGCUGACGGGGAUGCGGCUGCCGGAGGCUGAGUGCGACCAAAAAGAAUUAGAGGACGCCCGGUGGUUCCACCGGGACUGGCUGCGCUCCGCCCUGUCCCUCCAACCGGGCGCUCCGGAGCUCUUUGGCACAGUGUUCGGUCUGCCCGGGAAAUACGCUAUCGCCCGGCGGUUAAUUGGCGACUGGUUGGAACAACGGAGGGAAAGGCCGUGGGCGGGUGACGCCAUCAAGCAAGUCGAGAUUGAGAACGGAACCUUCAAGUACGUUUUGCUGCGGCUUCGCGACGCUUUCGGCAGAAGUAAACUGUUGGUCAGAGGAAGCGUGCAUGCGUCCUAUCAUAACGACGUGUAUGAGCGGACGGCGAGAGAAGUUCGACCGCUAGGUUUGCAACUGGAGGUUCUCGGAGGUGGCCGGAUAGAGCACCUGGCGGAAAGCAAGUUGAUACACGUAUACGGCUUUUCAUACGCGUUUGGGCAGGCAAAGCACGAGUUGACGGCAGCGAUUUUGCAACGAUGGUUCCCCUUGUACGAUACGAUAACGACCUCGGACGAAGGGUAUUGAUUAUUCUCCGACUUAGUAUUGAUCAUUUAUUUCGAGCACAUCCAGGAUCGAACUCAUCUACUUACAAAGCCACAGACUGAUUGUACGCCUUGUACGCUCUUUCAUUAAUUGUUGACUGGCUGAC